CGUCACGGUUGCCAUGGAGAGGCCGGCUCGGUAGAGACCCUGGGCUGACGGAGCUUUGAAGCGGUGUCCGCCCGCACCAUGAGCGGCCGGAGUAGGGGUCGAAGGUCUUCCCGCGCCAAAGGCCGGGGCAAAGGCCGGGCCAGAGCCCGGGUCCGCGCCGCCGAGGACGAGGCCUGGCGCGAUGCGAAGUCUCCCCAGGACCCGCAGCUCGGGGAGGACGCCGCGGACGCGCAGGUGCAGGCCGACGCUGCUUCUGGAGGCUCGGAACCAGCCGAGCUCGGGGACGAUGCGGCCUGCCGCGUCCCGCUGGACUGCGGCCUGGCGCUGCGGGCUCGGGCUGCGGACGAGCGCGGGCUGGGGGCCACUGACCCAGCCCUGGAAUUGGCCGCAUCCCUCGCCGAGCGCCUGGCCACCGACACCGGCUUCGUUGGAACCGUGGGAGCCUUGGCGAGGCUGCGACACCGCACCCGCGUUGGAAAUCGGCGAGUUCCCGGGAGGAGGGCCCCAGACGCUCGGAGCGCCGCGGGGAGGAGACCUCAGGCCACAGUCAGUGGGAAGCCAAAGAUGGGCUCUGCGGGGCCAUGCUGCGGGGUCACUGUCCCAGGGGGGGAGGAAAGGAAGGUGGCAGAGAAGCAUGCUGGGUCAGGGUCCUUCGCCAUGAUAGGCAGCAUGGAUACCCUGGAGACGGUCCAGCUAAAGCUGGAGACCAUGAAUGCACAGGCCGACAGGGCCUAUCUCAGGCUCUCCCGCAAGUUUGGCCAGCUGCGCCUUCACCAUUUAGAGCGCAGGAACCUCCUUAUUGAGAGCAUCCCCGGCUUCUGGGGGAAAGCUUUUGAGAACCAUCCUCAGCUGUCAUCUUUUCUGAAUACCAAAGAUAAGGAGGUAUUGACCUACAUGAACAGACUGGAGGUGGAAGAGCUUGGCCUCGCUAGAUUGGGCCACAAAAUCAAGUUCUACUUUGCCCCAAACCCCUAUUUCCAAAAUAAGGUGCUCGUCAAGGAAUAUGGAUGUGGGCCCUCCGGUCAAGUGGUGUCUCGCUCAGCUCCAAUCCAGUGGCUCCCAGGUCAUGAUCUACAGUCCCUAAGCAAGGAAAGCCCAGAAAAUAAUGGUAGCUUCUUUGGGUGGUUUUCAAAUCACGGCUCUAUUGAGUCUGACAAGAUCCUUGAGAUAAUCAACGAGGACCUGUGGCCCAAUCCUCUGCAGUACUACCUGGUCAAUGAAGAAGCCCAUGGGGAGAAAGGCAAGGAAGAAAGGCCAGGCCCAGCAAAACAGCCCGUGGAGACCGCUGGGCCUGGGGCGAAGCAGUCCAACUGAUGCUGCAUGGAUCUCCCCACUACCUCCCGAUGGACCUGUUAGGCUGCAUGCGGGUCUGGUUGUCUGCCUUCUGUGGAUGCCAUCUUAUGUACACCGCAGCCGCUUUGGACUGAUCUUCAAGAAUGUGGAAUUGGUGAUCAUGUUCUUUGCUUCCUCGUGACCUCACCUUGUCACAGUAGUGACACAUGUUGUGUGAUCUCACUCUCACUGCUUGCAUAUUAAGCACUAAGAUGUAUGCAGCUUUACACUAUCCAGUCCCUGUUAUUAGCUCUGGCCCUUCCCACCUGUCUUUCUGGUGGACAUUCCGAGUCAUCGUCCAGAUGGAUACUCAAGCUAUGUUACUUCGUGGCCAGUCAGCUGGGCUUCCUCUUCAUUUUAGCCAUGCAUGUUAUCAAUGGCAAGGUUUUCUGUUGCCUUCACAAAACGAAGCCAGUGCACAUGGCAUUGGCCAUCCGCCAGAUUUUAUUGUUCUGUGGGUCUGGGGACAACAACCAAGGUUCUUCCUGUUUUGUUUCCAGCUUCAGCCUAGGGCCCAGCAGACUACUGGGUGUGGAUGUGGUCAAGGGCAAACAGGAGUAACUUCUGUGUUCUUCACAUCUCUUCUUGCCUCUGGGCCAGUCUACUAGUGAACCUUCAUCCAAGUCUGGCCAUGCCUGAUUGUAGUCAGUCUGUUGACUGUUGGCUCCAAUUGACUUGUUCAUGAAAGACCUCAAGAACCCGCCUAUGGACCCAGGCAUCCUCAGAAGUGCAUGAGCUACAAACCUACCCUCUUCAGAUUUUAGGAACCCUCCUGGUGGGCCGCCUGGUAUUUGUGAACAUAUGCUUGUUGCUAUCAUAUUGUGAGUCUUGAGGAGGGUAAGGCUGUGGCCCACAGCCUUAUCAACUAGGUAUCUGUGUCAGCUCUCCUUGUUCCUUGCUGAGAUGGGACAAGAGUACUUCAGUGGGAUGCUGAGGAAGACGGAUUUUUCAUUUGUAUGCCUGCGUUUGCUUCACACCUCCAUGCAACUAGUCCACUUCCCUGCCUACCUACCCCAUCCUUCCUACUCUCCUCCUUGUCCCCCACCCCCACCCCUUGCCUCCUACCUUUAAAAUAGCAUCAGCUCAGACAAAGAAAUUCAUCAUCCAGGCUUUUCUGUAUACAGCUAGGGAGGUAGAUAGGGCUUCCUAUGCACACGCAUGUAGUAGGCUGAGAUAGGGGGAAAAAAAAGAAAAAACAAAAAACCAGAAGGCCUCAAGAGGGUCUCUGGUUAGACCUGGGCCUGACUCCUGUAUUCAUUCUGUAGUUCUAAAGUUGUGCACAUCUGCUAGGGCGCCACUAAGGCAGCAGUGUUGUGGACUCUAGUUUUGUCUUCUGUGUUCCUUUACAGACCCAGGCGCUUCGUUCUGUCUCCGGUGGUAGCCUGUGCAACUGGGUCCUCAACCCCAGCUUCCCUUGCUUCUUAGCCCAAAUACACUCACCAUGGGGGGAUCCCAGGGUGUUCUUAGGGACAGGCAUAGGCAGGGCCUGUUCUAGAUGUUUCUAGUGAGUGUGCAGGCUGAGCUGGGCCCUCUCUGCCCAGGCUUGCCUGUGUCCUGACUCGCCUUCCCUGGAAAGAAGAACUCUGAACCAGUCUUUCUCCAGACCCACAUCCGGCCACGAAAGACUUCAUCCUAACCUCUGUGAGGGGGUCCUUGACUCAGUGGUAAGGGGAUGAUAGGCAGGGGAAUCACAGCAAGAGAACAUUGAAUAGGUAUGAGCCUGGUAUUGAGUGGAUCAGUAAAAACUUGACAGAAAUGGCUUGUGAAGCUACAGAGUGUGAUCCUAUCGCUCAAUGAUGAAGGUGACAGGAGAGACCUUACUCAGGGUUGGGAAGGGAGAAUUAAAGGGGUUGUUGGUAAACAUACCUGGGCAAGGAUGGAUCCAGAGUUCUGGACAGUCUUUAUCAUCAUUGGUGGAUUUUUUUUUUUUUUUUUUUGUAAUCAUAGAAACAAACCAAAAGCAAUGUUACUGUGUUGGAUGUUUUCUGUUCUAGGUGCAGCUUUGUGUGUGGAAGAUUGUGCUAUAUGCUGUGUAUCUGGCCUCAAAGUAAAAUCUUAUAAUUUUUUGUAGUUUUACCUAAUGAGGGAAAUAGAGCUGUACAAAUUUGCUUUAAAAUAAUAUUUGCUCUUCAUUGUGUAAAUUCACACAAACAGGAGCAGUGGAGGUGGUUCUUGGACCCUAUGUGCCGUCUACCAUCAUCGGCCACGAGCAACUGAAUUUCAUCCGUAGCGCCUCUUCCUCCUGCAUUGUUUAUCAAAAGUCCAAGGUACUGUUGCCGAUGCAGUCAGAUGUACUUUGGGAGAUUGGGGCUCUGGUGUUGAUAGUUGUGGGGUACACUCUAAUGAUCACAGCAAGUCAACUUCUGUGUAUCAUUUUGUGUAAAUUAAUGAUUUCUCAGAAGUGGGCCUUAUAAAUGAGUCUUCAUAAUUAUGAAACUCAAGGAGUGAUGAUGAGGAUAUUCUACUCUCCCCCACAUCCACAAAAGAAGAGGCCAUUCUGCUGUAAAUCUGCUAAGAUCCUGAUGUAAGAUACCCUUCACAAUAUCAGUCUUUUCUCCUGUGUUACAUAGAGACUUUUAUGGAUUGUUAGGGUUGCUGUAUUCUGUGAAAAUAAUCUCUCCAACUUAAUCUUUCACUGGUUGUUGUAGUUGAUAUUUCAUACCCUGGUAAUAAUGCGAUUAUUUCCCUGUUACUAAGCAGCAUAAAUACUUGCAAGUGUGCAUGUUUGGUGGAAAAAUAAUAAUAAAAAUUCUUGUGUUAC